AUGGCGGGUCUCGUCUAUAGCUCCGGGUUGUGCGAGCUCGUCGCCAAUGGCUGCCUUUGGUCGGAUGGCACUGCACGUCCGCGGCGGUUAAUGGACAUUCGCGGUACGCCGGCGAGAAGGGGGAUCGCGACGUGGACAGAGAUCCGCGGCUUGGUCUCGCGGUGGCUGUGGGGUUGCUGCUCACGGCUCGCGUGUGGGCUGUCGGAGAUGCUUGACGACGCCGGCGGGAGGAGGGCUGCUAUUCCCGGUGGCCGCGAUUGUUGUCACUUGUCAGGCAUCGCGAAUUCCGGCCGGCUGGUGCUCGCGACUCACGAGCAGGUCCUAUUCGUAGUGGCUGAAAGCCGGAAGAAAGGAGGGUGA